AUGAGAAAUAAGCCACAAAUCAAAACCGAAGUGGAAAAACGCAAUUCCGUCCCCACGGUGCUGCCAUCUCUCGACGGACACGAGAACUUCCGCGGUGGAGGUCGGGAUGUCGAAGCUGAAGAUUCUCUCUCUCGUCCGCAGGAGAAGCGUCAGGCGACGUUCCGGUUCCCGCCGCAGGGCCAGGCGAGCGUGGACUACCCGACGUACAGCGCCGUGCCGAGCGGGCUCAGCUUCACCUGCCGCGAGAAGACGCCGGGGUACUACGCCGACCCGCAGACGCAGUGCCAGGUGUGGCACUGGUGUGACCUGAACGGCCGCCGCUACUCCUUCCUCUGCCCCAACCAGACCGUCUUCAACCAGAACUACCGCGUCUGCGACUGGUGGUACAACGUGGACUGCCAGGAGGCGACCCAGUUCUACUCCAUCAACAACGACCUUUAUCGGGACCUCAACGGGAAUGCGCUGUAGGGGGGUCGGACCGGGAGGGAGGGUCGAAUGUCAAGUGCAAUGAGGUCUGAGGUGCUCGGCGGGAGGAUCCAAUCAAAUUUAACGCAAAUUUAUGAUCGGAAUGCGUGAG